AUCACUUAUCUAAAGAACCUUGUUUGAUCAUCAUGAGGUUGUUUCUCUUACUUGUUUUCAAUAUUCUCAUCUUACUUAAAGAUUUGGACUUCGGUUUUGCUGAUGAAGCGUCCAUGGUUGAUGGUGAUAGACAAGUGUUACUUGCGUUGAAGUCUCAAGUUUCUGAAAACAAACGAGUAGUCUUGGCCUCGUGGAAUCACUCUAUUCCACUCUGCGAGUGGGCUCAUGUUACAUGUGGCCGCAAACACAAAAGAGUUACUAGUUUGGACCUUGGAGGGUUGCAACUUGGUGGGAUCAUCUUGCCCUCCCUCGGUAAUCUUUCUUUUCUCAGAGUUCUUAAUCUUGGAGAUAACUCUUUUAGUGGUACCAUCCCAAAAGAGUUGGGAAUGUUGUUUAGGCUUCAACAGUUGAACAUGAGUUAUAAUAGUCUUGAAGGAGAAAUUCCAAGCCUGUCUAACUGCUCUAGAUUGGUGACCCUUGAUUUAAUGUCAAACCGUCUUAUACACGGUUUACCUUCAGAGCUAGGAUCGUCAUUAUCUAGCCUUGAAAAAUUGCUUCUAUCUAAAAACAACCUUUCAGGGAAGUUUCCCACAUCUUUAGGAAACCUAACAUCUCUCAGUCAAUUUGCCAUUGCAUAUAAUCAUAUGGAGGGAGAAGUUCCAGAUAACAUAGGUAGAUUGUCCCAUAUGAUAAGUGUCCAACUUUCACAAAACAAUCUCUCAGGUGUUUUCCCUCCUGCAAUCUACAACCUGUCCUCACUUAGGAUUUUAUCCAUUGUUGGCAAUCAUUUCUCGGGUAAUCUUAGGCCUGAUUUUGGAAAUAUGCUUACAACUCUUAAAGAGUUGUAUUUGGGGAUGAAUUCUUUCUCAGGAGAUCUUCCCAAAACAAUUUCCAAUAUCUCAACCCUUACACAUCUAGAGAUUUCACAGAACCUUUUCACUGGAUCUAUCCCCUUUGGUUUUGGAGCAUUACACAAUAUUAAAAUGUUGGGGCUUAAUGAGAAUUCUUUUGGAAACAACUUAGUUGGAGAUCUUGACUUUCUUAGUGCUUUGGUAAAUUGCUCUAAGCUACAAGUCUUAGAUUUUGGUUACAAUAGACUUGGAGGAAAACUCCCUAUCUUUGUAGCCAAUCUUUCUAUCGAGUUGGCCGCAAUGUACAUGGGAGGGAAUCUCAUCUCUGGUGGCAUUCCUCAUGCCAUUGGGAAUCUCAUAAACCUACAAUCACUAGGCAUGGAAACAAAUUUGUUGACAGGAAGAAUACCAACCUCUCUUGGGAAGAUUAUAGGGUUGAAAGAACUAGGCCUGAAUUCAAAUAGAAUGUCAGGAGAGAUACCAUCAAAUCUCGGAAACAUCACUCGGUUAGAAAGUCUCAAUUUGUUUAACAAUAGUUUUGAAGGAAGCAUUCCUCCGAGUCUUGGAAAAUGCCGGUUUCUUUUGUUCCUUCGUAUUGGAUCUAAUAAGUUAAACGGGAGUAUACCUCAAGAAAUCAUGCAAAUGGAGUCUCUUGUUGGGUUUUAUAUAUCAAAAAAUUUGUUGACUGGGCCUUUUCCCAAAGAUGUUGGAAGAUUAAAACUCCUUGUUGUGCUAUCUGCUGGAAACAAUAGAUUUCAUGGAAACAUUCCUGAGACAUUAGGGAACUGUCUCUCCAUGGAAGAAAUUUACCUUGGAGGAAAUGGAUUUGAUGGAGCCAUUCCAGAUAUCAGAAACUUGAGAGCCCUCCGAAUCUUUAGUUUAUCGAACAACAAUUUGUCGGGCAGUAUACCUGAAUAUCUGGGCAAUUUUCUCUCGUUAGAGUAUUUGAAUCUCUCAGUUAACAACUUGGAAGGAAUAGUUCCAACAAAAGGAGUGUUUCAAACUCCUGAAAAGUUUUCAGUAUCUGGUAAUGGAAAGCUUUGUGGAGGCAUCCCUGAACUAAAGUUAAGGCCAUGCCCUCAAAACGUAGUUUCAAAGGCAAGAAGGCAUUCAUCAAACAAAAAGAAAAUAAUCAUCGGUGUUAGUAUCGGUGUAGCUUCUCUUUUGUUGUCAGUGUUUGCUCUGAGUCUACUAUACAUGCUUAUGAAAAGGAAGAAGAAAGACGGUGCAAAAACCGCCGAUAACUUGCUAUCAAAGUCUCCGUUCUAUGAGAGGAUAAGUUAUGAGGAGCUUAGAAGUGCGACUUGCGAGUUCUCGUCAAGCAAUUUGAUUGGUUCAGGAAACUUUAGCUCUGUUUUUAAAGGAUUGCUUGGUCCCGAGUCCAAAGUUGCUGCAGUUAAAGUCCUGAAUCUCCAAAAGCAUGGGGCAGCCAAGAGCUUUAUGGCGGAAUGUGAAGCCUUGAAAAGUAUAAGGCACCGAAACCUUGUGAAACUAGUGACAGCUUGUUCAAGCAUUGAUUUCAAAGGAAAUGAAUUCAAAGCUCUUGUGUACGAGUUUAUGCCGAAUGGAAACUUAGACACAUGGCUGCACCCAGAGGAAGUCGGAAGCUCUGAAAAUCAUCCAAGACCACUGAAGCUAUGUGAAAGACUUAACAUAGCCAUACAUGUGGCUUCAGUUUUGGAUUAUAUCCAUUCCCACUGCCAUGACCCUGUAGCUCAUUGUGAUCUAAAGCCAAGCAAUGUUCUUCUAGACAAUGAUCUAACAGCCCAUGUAAGCGACUUUGGUCUUGCUCGAAUCCUCGACCAGGAAUCCUUCAUCAACCAAUUGAGCUCCACGGGUGUCAGAGGAACCAUCGGCUAUGCAGCACCAGAAUAUGGAAUGGGAGGAAAACCAUCCAGACAGGGAGAUGUGUACAGCUUCGGAGUUCUUAUGUUGGAGAUGUUCACAGGAAAGCGUCCAACUGAUCAACAGUUUGUCGGAGAUUUAACUCUCCGUAGCUAUGUCGAUUCGGGGCUGCCCGAACAUGUACUUGAUAUGGCGGACAUGUUGAUUCUCCACGGUGAAGUUAGAAACAACAACAUCAACAUUGCUGAGUGUUUGAAGAUGGUGUUUCAUGUGGGAAUAAGGUGUUGUGAAGAAUCUCCGAUAAAUCGGAUGACGAUGGCUGAGGCUUUAGCUGAAUUAGUCUCACUCAGAAAGAGGUUCUUUAAAACCAAGAGGACGACAUUCCGGGCGGGUCGUUAGCUUUUUGGUGGUCUAAAACUAAAACACUUAUAAAUAUACAUGUGGCAUUCUAUAUCAAAGAAGUAUCGUAUGCCGACGACAGCGGCAGUUGUGGAGAUUUGAGACGGCAGUGGCGGUGUUGUUUGUGGAGAUUAGAGACGGCGGCAAUGGUGUUCUUCCGGGUAACGGCGUCCAUGGUUUCUAAUUUUACUUUGUCAAGGUUGUCUUCUUUUUUUUUUCGUUGUGGAGGAUUGUUACAAAUUUACAAUUUUAGUUUUCUAUAUAAGGAUGGUUUAUGUUAUUGCCCAAAGAAAUUAAGUCCGGAAGAGAAA